AGAAGAGAAAGAUGAAGGCUCUGAGGCUCCUUCUCUGUCUGUUUCUUACUGCCUUUCAAGAUCUAUGUGCACAAUCAUGUGGUGGCCAAAUAACAAAUAGGAGGGGUGAUUUAUCCAGUCCCCGGUACCCUAAUAACUACCCUGAUAACUCACGAUGCACCUGGACCAUUCAUAGCACAGAGAGAAUGAAAGUGUCACUGACCUUCAACAGUGUUUCUUUGGAAACAUGCUGUGAUUACAUCAAAGUAUAUGAUGGUCCUUCAACCUCCCACCCCUUACUGGGAGAAAUACGGGAGUACAGGAGCCAGUCUUUCAAAUCCAGCAACAAUGAUCUGACUGUGUAUUUCUACAGUGACAGCAGUUCAACAAGCAAAGGAUUUCAUGCAAACUGGGUCUUUGUAGAUUCCAAUUCAUGCAGGAAUAACUGCGGAUACUCCCGUGGCAGUUGUUCAUGUGACUACUCCUGUCGGUACUACAGUAACUGUUGUUCCGACUACAGCUAUUACUGCUCAAGUACAACCAGUUUGCCACAGCCUACAACAGAUUACAAUUCAUGCAUGAAUAACUGCGGAUACUCCCAUGGCAGUUGUUCAUGUGAAUACUCCUGUUGGUACUACAGUAACUGUUGUUCCGACUACAGCUAUUACUGCUCAAGUACAACCAGUUUGCCACAGCCUACAACAGAUUACAAUUCAUGCAUGAAUAACUGCGGAUACUCCCAUGGCAGUUGUUCAUGUGAAUACUCCUGUUGGUACUACAGUAACUGUUGUUCCGACUACAGCUAUUACUGCUCAAGUACAACCAUUUCGCCACGACCUGCAAAAGAACAUGUGAAUUGUUCCUCAGACAACAUGACCAUUGUCAUUCAGAGGUCUUACCUGAAUUCACUCGGGUUGAAUGGAAGUGACCUUUAUGUGAAUGACCAUCUUUGCAGACCCACUAUUAGCAGUUCUGAAGUUAUGUUCAGCUUCCCACUUAAUGCUUGUGGAACCGUCAAAGAGAUGAUGAAUAGUAAUGUGUCCUACUACAACAAUGUGCGGGCUUCUCAGUCUCGAUCGGGUCAAAUCACUCGUCAGUCACAGUUCCUGCUACGCGUGGGCUGCCGAAUGGAGCCAGACACCAUGGUGCAGAUAUUCUACAAGGCCAGGGAGAACAUCAAUGCCAACAUCACAGGAACGGGCCACUUUGGGGCCAACAUAGCCUUCUACUCAUCCAGCAAUUUCGACCGGAAAAUUUAUGACUCUCCAUUUGAAGUAAACCUGAAUCAGCUUCUGUACAUUCAGGUCGCACUAAACAGGCCUGACAACAGUCUGGAUCUCUUUCUGGACACCUGUGUAGCGUCUCCAAAUCCCAAUGACUUCAAAGAUCGCUCCUAUGACCUGCUGCGUAAUGGAUGUCCCAGAGACAACACAUAUUAUUCCUACACCAGCGGUCAGCACUACUAUGCUCGGUUCAAUUUCCAGGCUUUCAAGUUCCUCCAGACUCAUGCCUAUGUGUACCUGCAGUGUAAGGUGAUCAUCUGCCCUGAUAACUAUUACAACUCUCGCUGCCGCCAAGGUUGCCACUUCCGUCGCAAGAGAUCCCUUGACAGCACCUACCACACCAAUACUGUGACGCUGGGGCCAAUCAAACUCAAAGGAGCAUAGGACAGCGACGCGCUUUCACAGACAGCAUGAGAAGAUGAAGGCAAAAGUGAUUUAAUCAUCAGCUUUUUAAUUUUUUGAUUUGUAUCAUUAAUCAGAUCACAUUAAUAUUACUAAUGAUGUAUUAUCCUUAAUUCA